CCUCCUGCACUGUUUAUCUUCUUUUAGGGAGGACAUUGACCAAAACCCGAUGACUUUGCUGGCAGAUCUUCAGGAGAAUGAGAAUUUCACAGCUUCUGUCAUUCAGAAGGAACAGGAUUUUGAAGGCUUCUUGGCAGAGAUUGAUAAGCAGAAGACACAAGAUGUUCUCCUGAGUGCUGCAGAGAUCUCGCACAGCUACAGCCAAAAACUUCUGGUCAUGACUGACAAAGAAACAAAUGACAGAGUCCAACAGGAAUACAGCAUGGAUCCUCGUUACUCAGUAAUAGUCAGCAACGAAUGCCUGUUCAAUGUCUCGUGUGUACCAGAAGCAGACAGCUACACCUUGGUGAAAAUAUUUGGGAGUGUUUCAGAAGAUGGACAAACUGUGUCUGGCCUUUCUGGCUCUUCACUCGCAGAGCUGAUGUUGAAACUGUCACUGGAAACUGCGCCCGUGUUCUCUCUCGAUGGAAACACAACUAAAGACUUCCAACAUAACUUCAUUCGAGUUUUUACGGCCCGUGGCAUCACAGCAGUCCUAGAAACAAACCAGGAGAAUCACCAGACUUACCAGGUCAUGAACCAAAUUGGAGAAGUUUCUGGAUACCAAAUUCCACAAAGACCGGUAGAUCACAGCACCCAGUACGACCACCAGCAGAUCCUCAUCCUGGAAGAUAACCCUGCUGUCAGAACAGCUGCUAAGUAUCUUUUUAAGAAGCAUCCAACGGUUUCCUCUGUCUACGUUCUUGAUAACAACCAAAGACCAGUACUGAUCCGAGGUGACUCCGUGCCUCUGACAGAGGACAGCCGGCUGGUGCUGGUCGGCCACGGCAGGAAAGACAGCUCAGGAGAAAUGAGACUGGGAGGAUAUGAAGUGCAAGAGGUCUCCAAAAUCAUUCAACAAACCUCCAGGGAUUCCAAUAAAAUUAAAACAAUAAGUGUGGUGGCCUGUGACGUUGGAUCAGAUAAUGCAUUCAUUGAAACGCUGCUGAAGGAUCUCCAUGAGACCGCCGGCAUCGAGACAGAGCUGCACAUCAGGAACGCUGUGCUCCAGGUCAGCCACACAGGAGAGAAAAUCACCCUAGAGAUCACUAAGGAUGGAGAGCAAUGGCGACAUAAAGAUGACAGCAAGAAAGUGGUCGCAACCCUCGACAGGAACGGAGAUGAGGACGAGGCUUUUAGCAGUGUGACGGAGGUUCGUGGGUCAAAGUUCAACGAUGCCAUCAGAGGGAACAAAGAGCACAACGUUAUUGUCCCAGGAGGAGGAGAUGAUUUCAUCCAGGGUAGAGGAGGAGAGGAUUGGUACGUUAUCACACCGGGCCAAGGAGUAAAAACCAUCAACAACCAAUCACCAGAUCUAGCCUUGGAUAUUCUCUUUCUGAAAGAACAAUACGAGAACAUAACAUGUAUAUGUGAAGGGCAGAGCAUCAUCAUUUUAGUACACGGUGGAGAAGAUGUUAUUUUACAGAACUGGUUUGAUUCAAAGUUUCAUCAGCACCUGCAGAUUAAAACCAGUGAUGGAAUAACAGCUGGACUGAUGACCAACCCCAGCAGCUGUGAUGAGUCUUUAAUGUUCCCCAUAACUGUUGAUUAUAGAAACCAGAAACCUGAACUACUUAAUUCGCUCCAAACACAUCUCCAGAAACGCUCAAUUAAUGUAGAAGAUGAGUCUGAAAACGAGUGUUUAACAUAUAGAAGAAAUAAUUCACAGAUGAAGCGAGUCUUCUGCGGCCUUCAAGGCAAAGUGAUGAUGAUGAAGAAUCAUGAUUCAGUGAAAGAAAUGUACGGUUCCUCAGGUUUCGACAUCAUGGUUGGAAACAGCAAUGAGAAUCUGCUUGAUCCGUACACCGGAGGUGCCUUAAUGUUUGGAGGUGAAGGAAAAGACACUUACGUAAUCAAACAAGGAUAUGGAAACGACUCAAUGAUCGAUAACUUUGCAGAAGAUGAGAGUAUUGAUACUGUGUUGGUUGACAUGGAUUAUCUUCAUGGCAGUCAAGUCACACUGGACUCAUCAACCGAAGAUCUGGAGGUGACGAUCACAUCAAAAGGGGAACAAUUCAAAUUCACUCUGCUCAACUACGGCAAUAGUUCCAAACAUCAGCACUUAGUAUUUCAGAGCUCUGACGGAGUGAAUUUUGAAUUGAAAUCACUAAACUCAACCGGAGAUGUUGCUUUUUUUGACACUGAAGCUUUCAAAGUGACUCUGAAACAGCUGCAGGUUGACUGCCGCUUGGACCUCAACUCUCAGAGGAAUCUGUCAAAGGUCCACACGGUGCAAGGCUGUCCCUCCCAGUCCAAUGACAUAUUAGGUAACGAUCAAGACAACGCUCUGAUUGGUGGGUGGAAGGAUGACGCCUUGGAAGGAGGCGCCGGAGAUGACACGCUGAUCGGAGGGAACGGAGCCGACAUCCUGAUUGGUGGCUUGGGAGACGACACUCUUUAUGGCGAGGACGGAAAUGACACUAUGAUGGGAAACUCUGGCCGGGACGUCUUCCUUCCCGGACCAGGGGCUGAUCAGGUGGAUGGCGGUCCUGGCAGAGACACGGUUGUGUACCGGGGCAAUCCUGACACAGGUAAAGGAGUUUAUGUCAACCUGCUGACGGGACAAGGCCGCUACGCCGAUGCUGAGGGCGACGUGUUGAAGGAUGUAGAGAUAGUCAUCGGCACUGUCUACUCUGAUAUCUUGGUGUCCGGUUACGAAAGUUCUCUUCUCAAAGGCUCGGACGGCAAUGACAUCUUGGUGUCCACCGGUGGCGAUUACCUGGUCGGCGGUGAUGGAAAUGACAUUUACAUGUUGGCUUUCGACAACGGUUCAGUCACGGUUGAUAACUGUGCCAAAGACAACGCUACAGACGUCUUGUUCAUGAGCUCACAGUUAACGCCGCCAUUUGACUGCCAACUUUUGCCUGACAGAGUUCUCCUGACUUUCUUUGGAUUUAACCAAACUACUAUUAAAAUUGCACUGCAGGGCUGGAUCAGUGAUGAGAACGAAUGUGGUCAUUUGAAGUUGGUUUUUAGAGAUCAGGAGAUGUCGGUAGACCAGCUGCUGAAAAAGUGUCAGUUAAGACAGAAGAAAUCAUUUUGGCCUCUAGUCAUGAAUUGGACUAAAAGGAUCAAUCAUGUCCUCUUCAGCAGAAGAGGACAUGAUUGA